AUGUUUGCUGCUGCUACCAAGAGCUUUGUCAAGCAAGUUGGAGAUGGAGGGAGAUUAGUUCCAGUUCCAAGCCUCAGUGAAGCUGACAAAUACCAACCUCUAAGUCUGGUGGUAAAAAAGAAGCGGUGCUUUCUGUUUCCUAGAUAUAAAUUUACCUCAACACCUUUUACACUGAAAGAUAUUCUCCUAGGAGACAGAGAAAUUUCAGCUGGUAUUUCAUCCUAUCAAUUACUGAAUUAUGAAGAUGAAUCAGAUGUUUCACUCUACGGAAGGCGAGGCAAUCAUAUUGUAAAUGAUGUUGGCAUUAACAUUAUUGGAUCAGAUUCCAUUGCAGUAAAAGCGUCAUUUGGUGUAGUAACCAAACAUGAAGUGGAGGUAUCAACAUUACUCAAAGAAAUUUCUACACGAAAAAUUAACUUUGACCACAGCUUGGUACGUCAGUCAAGGAGCAGCAGAAAGGCAGUAUUGUGUGUGGUCAUGGAGAGCAUUCGAACCACACGACAGUGUUCACUGUCUGUGCACGCUGGAAUUCGUGGGGAAGCAAUGCGGUUUCAUUUUAUGGAUGAACAGAAUCCCAGGGGAAGGGACAAAGCUAUUGUUUUUCCAGCACACACAACCAUAGCUUUCAGUGUUUUUGAACUUUUCAUUUACCUGGAUGGUGCCUUUGACCUUUGUGUCACUUCAGUGUCAAAAGGAGGAUUUGAAAAGGAAGAAACGGCAACAUUUGCACUGUUCUACAGAUUGAGAAAUAUUAUAUUUGAAAGAAAUAGAAGAGUGAUGGAUGCCAUUUCUCGUUCCCAGCUUUACUUGGAUGAUCUUUUUUCUGACUAUGACAAACCUCUCAGCAUGACUGAUAUUUCACUCAAAGAAGGGACUCAUAUCCGAGUUAACUUACUUAAUCACAACAUUCCAAAAGGGCCUUGCAUACUCUGUGGAAUGGGGAACUUUAAAAGGGAAACGGUUUAUGGGUGCUUUCAGUGUUCUGUCGAUGGACAGAAGUAUGUGAGACUUCAUGCUGUUCCUUGUUUUGAUAUCUGGCACAAGAGAAUGAAAUAA